UCGUUACCUACCUGGAGUGUCUUCGACUGUGGGCAUCCCCCGCUGUUCUUUAACCACGCAAAGCUGCACCCGAGCUUGUUUGGCGUCUGCUCUGUCGAGUGUCCGUGAUGUCGGCCCCGGAGGGAGGUGAAGGCUUUGUGGUCAAGCUCCGUGGCCUGCCCUGGUCCUGCUCUGUUGAGGAUGUGCAGAAUUUCCUCUCCGACUGCAUGAUCCAUGACGGGGUCACAGGUGUUCAUUUUAUCUACACUAGAGAGGGCAGGCAGAGUGGUGAGGCUUUUGUUGAACUUGAAUCAGAAGAUGAUGUAAAAUUGGCCUUUAAAAAAGACAAGGAAAGCAUGGGACAUUGGUACAUUGAAGUGUUCAAGUCCCACAGAACUGAGAUGGAUUGGGUGUUGAAGCACAGAGGUCCAAACAGCGCUGACACUGCCAGUGAUGGUUUCGUGCGACUUCGAGGACUCCCGUUUGGAUGCACCAAGGAAGAGAUCAUUCAGUUCUUCUCAGGGUUGGAAAUCAUGCCAAGUGGGAUCACAUUGCCUGUGGACCCCGAGAGCAAGAUUACAGGGGAAGCCUUUGUGCAGUUUGCCUCACAGGAGUUAGCAGAGACGGCUCUAGGGAAGCACAAGGAGAGAAUAGGGCACAGGUAUACUGAGGUGUUCAAGAGCAGUCAGGAAGAAGCUAGGUCAUACUCGGACCCCCCACUCAAGUUCAUGUCAGUGCAGCGGCCAGGGCCCUACGACCGCCCUGGCACAGCCAGGAGGUAUAUUGCCAUCGUCAGGCAGGCAGGCCUGGAGAGGAGGAGGUCUGGGGUCUACAGUGUGGGCUAUGGGGGUUAUGAGGAGUACAGAGGCCUCAGAGACGGCUACGGCUUCACCACUGACCUGUUUGGGAGAGACCUCAGCUACUGUCUCUCUAGGAUGUAUGACCACAGGUCUGGAGGUGGCGAGUUCACUGUCCAGAGCACCACUGGACACUUCCACGUGAGAGGGCUGCCCUACAAAGCCACGGAGCACGACCUUUACAACUUCUUCUCCCCGCUCAACCCUGUGAGAGGCCACAUUGAGACUGGCCCUGAUGGAAGAGUGACCGGCGAAGCUGAUGUUGAGUUUGCCACUCACAAAGAAGCCAUGGCAGCCAUGUCCAAAGACAGGGCCAACAUGCAACAUAGAUACAUAGAACUUUUCUUGAAUUCCACAACUGGGGCCAGCAAUGGGGCAGAUAGCAGCCAGAUGAUGCAAGGCAUGGGGGUGUCAACCCAGUCCAUUUACAGUGGCCUUGAGAGCCAGUCUGUGAGUGGCUGUUGUGGGUCUGGCUAUGGUGGCCAGAACAGCAUGGGUGGAUAUGACUAGUUUUGUAGUAGCUUUUGAGUUAUUUCAGUCAAAUUUU